UCUCAUCCUUUUCAUUCAUUUAUUUUCUAUAUUUAUUUUAAUAAUAAUUAUUAUUAUUAUUAUUACUAUUAUUUUAGUUUAAUAGUGUGUUCUUCUUUCCAUGCAACCAGUGUUUUGUUGUUGAACUCGAAGGUGGGUAGAAGUAGGAGUUAUCGGGCGGGAGGAUUGGAUCCGAUAGGGAGGGAUUCGGGCGCAGUAUCGACGGAUCCGACAAGGGGAAACGACGGAAUCGGGUGCGUGUCUGGCCUGGAGUGCUUGCUGGGCAUCGUCCGAGCCCUUCGGAUGGGCUCCUGCCUCUCGUCGGACGGCGGUGGCGGGGAAGCUACCUCGCCGACAACGCCGUCCACCCCCAACGCUGCUGGUGGGAAGAAGCUGCGGAAGGGGUCGUCGCGGAAGCGUCUUGGCACGGAGCAGCUUCACAGGAUUCCUGGCAGGAUGUUUCUCAAUGGCACCUGCGGCAUGGCCUCCCUCUUCACUCAGCAAGGGAAGAAGGGAGCUAAUCAGGAUGCUAUGAUUGUUUGGGAGAAUUUCACAUCAAGGGCUGACACUGUGUUUUGUGGAGUUUUUGAUGGCCAUGGACCACAUGGACAUAUUGUUGCAAGAAGGGUGAGAGAUCAACUUCCUCUCAAACUCAGUGCUCAUUGGGAAGAUUUUAGAGAAAGUAAUAUUUGCACAGUAGGAGGUAUGAAUUCAGAUGGAACUGCUUCUGAGUUUGUAGAAGAAGAGUCUGCUAGUUUUGUUGAUCUGGAGGGGAAAGAGAGCGUCCCUGAGAUUUUUAUGGCACUAAAAGAGUCAUUCCGUAAGGCUUUCAAGGUUAUGGAUAAAGAAUUGAAGUUACAUCCAAGUAUUAAUUGCUUUUGCAGUGGAACAACAGCAGUCACUCUGGUUAAGCAGGAUCAAUAUCUUGUUGUUGGUAAUAUAGGGGACUCAAGGGCCAUACUAGGUACUCGAGAUCAUAAUGAUCAGUUGCUUGCUGUUCAAUUGACUGUGGACCUUAAGCCAAACCUUCCCAGGGAGGAAGAGAGAAUCAAGAAGAGCAAAGGUCGAGUUUUUGCACUUAAGGAUGAGCCAGAAGUGGCUCGUGUUUGGUUGCCAAAUACUGACUCUCCAGGCUUGGCAAUGGCACGGGCUUUUGGAGAUUUCUGCCUUAAGGAUUUUGGUUUGAUAUCUGUGCCUGAUAUCUCCUGUCGCUGCCUUACUGAAAAAGAUCAAUUUGUUGUCUUAGCAACAGAUGGGAUAUGGGAUGUGUUGUCCAACAAAGAGGUGGUAGACCUUGUUGCUGCUGCGCCAACACGAUCCAUGGCCUCUCGUUUACUUGUUGAAUCAGCAGUUAAAGCCUGGCGGCUCAAGUACCCAACUUCAAAAAUAGAUGAUUGUGCUGUGGUUUGUCUCUUCCUUGGCCCAGAUGCAUCAGUUAAUUCUUCCAGUUAUAAGACUGCCAGUGGUGCUUCAUCAGAAAAUGCAGAAGUUGGCAACAAUAUGCAGAAAUCAGUCAGUGUGAGGUCAUCUGAGACCAUAACUGAUGAUGAUCAGGGCACUCCCAAAACUCCAAAUUCAGAUGAGAAUGGAACUGAGGGUGAUGAAUGGUCUGCCUUGGAGGGUGUCUCUAGAUCAAAUACUUUGCUAACACUCCCCAGGUUUGCUACUGGGGAUGAACAAGCUGUGACCUUUAAGAGCCAAAAUGAGGUCUGAUGGUGUCUGUCAUACUGUGAGAAGAUGCCUGUAGUGUUUGUUUUUGUUUUAAUUAAUUGUUUUGGAUAAGGAGUGUAGGUCCCGGUUUUAUUAUGGUGCCUGGUUUUCCUUGAUUUUUCCAUGUCCAGGGUGAGUAGGAUUUAGAGUUUUUUUUUGUGAAGUCCCAACUCCAUUACUGGUGUGAUUUUGGUGAUUGUUGUUAUAAUUAUAAAAGGGGUUUUGCCAGCAUGGGUUAAAUGCACUUUUUAAUCCUCA